UUACGCGCUCGUCUUUUUCUCGCGACUCUGAGAAGCAAUCACAACUUGAUCAUUCACUGUCGCAAUUAUCCUUGAUUUUCCUAAAAAUGGAUGAUCCUGAGAGAAUGGAGCACCUCAUCCGUCGCCACCUGUCCUCCCACGGUCUCCCAGCCUCGGAGGACCAGCCCUGGUGCGUCAGAUCCUCAAAAUUGAACGGGCGCGGUCUCUUCGCCGCCCGGGACAUCAAACAGGGCGAGGAGAUAGUGCUCGACGCUCCGGUCAUCCUCGGCCCCAGGUGCUACGACAAACACCCCCCCAUGUGCGUCAACUGCCACAAAACGGGCGUCACCCUCUUCCCCUGCGACCGGGGCUGCGGCCUUCCCGUUUGCUCCGACACGUGCGAAAAUGCGAGAGAACACGUGGAGAGGGAGUGCGAAACACUGAAAAAGUGGAGACCUAACUGCGGGUCCAUGUUCUCCAAGGAACUCCUGAUGUCGGUACUUCCGGUUCGUUCACUAGCUCUUGGGGACGAGGAUAAGGAACUCAUAGUGGCGAUGAAGGGUCACAAGGGGCCACUUCAUGGUAGAGAGAUAGACUUAUUGAAAGGGAAUUUGGAUGGAGGGAUAGACCCCAUGGAGGAGGAGUUUAUGCUGAAGGUCUGCAGAGUGAUGGAUACGAAUGCAAUGGAGACAGGAACUCUCGCUGACGAUUCGAGAGCGAUAAGUUUGAGGGCUCUUUACCCCAUCGGGGCGAUGCAGAACCACUCGUGCACCCCUAACACCCGUCAUUACUUCAAGGCUAAUGACGUGAUGAGCCUUUGCGCUACUGUGAAGAUCAAGGAGGGCGAGGAGCUGACGAUGACGUACAUCAGCCCCCUCUGGGACACUUUCAUCAGGAGGAGAUAUCUUAUGAUGUCGAAGCACUUUGAGUGCAGGUGCCGAAGGUGUUCGGAUCCUUCCGAAUAUGGAAGCAAUGUUGGAGCAAUGCGGUGUGCAAACAUGGACUGCUAUGGUCUCAUGCUCCCUGAUGAUCCUCUGAGCUGGACGACACCCUGGACCUGUGAAAAAUGCGACCAAAAGGUUUCAUCCCGCCAGAUUAAGGCAAUCAUCUCGGGAAUUGACUCCAUCAUAAAUACGUAUUUGUACGAAUCCCCUCGAGACAUUCUCAAAUUCGUUAGGGGAGAAUUGAAAGUUCUCGUUCCAGAGAUGAAUAGCUCGAUGUUACAAAUGAAGUAUCGAAUUGUCUCGUAUUUCGGGAGGACUGAAGGACUUCAUUUCAAAGAUUUAACAGAUGAAGAACUACAAAUAAAAUCUAAAUACUGCCAGGAUCUACUCGAUAUGAUAGAGAAAUUGCAGCUGGGUGAUUGUCAACUGAAAGGAUUCAUUUUGUACGAAUUAUACUGCACAAAAAAUGAAGAAUUUUCCCGAAGAAACUAUGAAAUAUCUUCCCUAAAGUCAACGGAAUUCACCAGGGAAGCCCUGAAAAUCCUCGACAAAGCUGUAGAGAUUCUGCAGGAUGACGUAGCAUCGCCGGAUGAUCUAAAGUCCCUCAAGCCUCCACAUACCUCAACACGCACUCACCCCUGAUUAUAUUGAUCAAACAUGAAUACCCAUCACGGCACCCACCAGUGCCCCGUACAGUCCUCCUCUCCACAAUAAAACGCCCAUGGAAUUCAUCAAUAAACACUGUUGAAUGUCCCUGGCACAUCAUCUCGAAUUCCCAACCAGAAAUCCGUAAUUUAACUGAAGUGAAAAAUAAUUAAUUUUUUUAGAUUUUUCAAUUUUUUUUCAAACAAAAAUUCUUUGAUUUU